ACAAGGCGAUCCUGUCUCCUCUUGAUCCUCCUUACGUAAGGCUCACAUGAUCUGCAAGCAAUCCAAACAACUACUUGUUACUACCUGAAACGGCAUCGCCCAUGCCACAAGUGAGUGUCUUGAGGCACAUUCUACAUACAGUCCAUUAACCCGGCAAGGUUUAACUUUUACAACACCAUGAGUGGAACCCAGAAGUUCAAAGUGUUUGUGGCCCGACAUGAUUACGAAUCCGCCAUGUUGGAGCCUUUAAAGGCCCUGUGUGAUCUGGACAUCUAUGAAGGACCUGACAUCUGCCCCAAGGACGAGUAUCUUCGGCGUGUCAAAGGGGUCCAUGCCCUAUGCAUUCAUCCGGGGGUCGGUCACGUUGACCAGGAAGUUCUCGAGACGGCUGGACCACAACUCAAAGUGGUGGGAACCAUGAGCGUUGGAUACGAUCAUAUUGAUGUGGCCGCUUGUAAAGCUAAAGGGGUCAAGGUGGGAAACACUCCCUAUGUGCUGAGCGAUUCCGUGGCCGAGCAUACCAUAUGUUUGGCAUUGAUGGUUUUGCGCCGGGUGCCCUUUUUAAUGGGAUCCAUUGUCGCGGACACGUGGAAAAACAAUAAGGGAUCCGCUUUUGCUUCGUUGGGAGCAUCUCUUCAUGGGAAGACUGUGGGAAUUAUCGGCUUGGGAGGCAUCGGGAAGGCCAUUGCCGAAAGACUGAUCGCUUUCAAGGUCAACAAAGUGAUCUACAACUCUAGGACUCAGAAACCCGAUGUGGCUAAAUUAUUGGGCCUGGAGUUUGCCACAUUGGAUAACUUGUUAUCGCAAUGUGACUUGGUGAUCACGUCGUGCGAUUUGAACGAAUCGACUAAGCACAUCCUCAACAGAGAAGCCUUUAAGAAGAUGAAGAAGUCUGCUAUCGUUGUGAAUAUUUCCCGAGGACCCAUUAUUGAGCAACAUCACUUAAUUGAGGCGCUUCAAAAUGGAGAGAUCGCUGGAGCUGGGUUAGAUGUCAUGACACCGGAACCUCUUCCCUUUGAUCAUCCACUUACGAAAAUGCCUAACGUGGUCCUCACACCUCACAUGGGAUCUGCUACUUGGGAAACGAGAAUGGCCAUGGGGGACUUGACCGUCAAGAAUAUUAUUGCCGGCCUUCAAGAUCAGCCUUUGCCCGCACCGUUGUGCUAGAGCAAGAACAAAUGCCGACUACAACUCCGAAAGUUCGUGGAUGUUGUAGAUGAGAAACAACGCCGUUGUCUCCAGCUACCGAAAUACAGCCUGAAUUGAAGAUUGUAUGUCUUAUCGACAUUCAACAUCCUUGUCGCUCGUGAUCCAGAACAAAAUGCAUUUCGUUGUUUUUA